AUGAUUUUCAACAUCCCAUUAGCUCUGUCCUGCCUGGCUCUGUCCAUCUACCAGACAGCCCAGGCAUGUCAGUUCCACGAUCUCGAGGCGGCAGCCAGCACCCCGCGCAAGAUUGCCAUCAAGAACGUUCGCGUCUUCGAUGGCUACACGCUGCGUCCGUCCGGCACCGUCAUCAUCAACGGGGCAGUCAUCGGCGACGAAGGGGACGAGUGCGGUGCCGAGAUUAUCGACGGUCAAAACGGAACGCUCAUGCCAGGACUGAUUGACAUUCACGCUCACCCAGCCAACAUCAGCCACCUUGAGACGCUCAGCCAGUUCGGUGUCACGACUGUCGUCGUCGAGGCAUGCUUCGUGCCUGCUGCGUGCCGCUCUUUGCAGAACCAUACUGGACUGACCGACGUCAUCCUCGGCUCAACGCCCGCCGCCGCCCCUAACAGUGUCCACGGCAACAUCACGGCGGCCGUCCUCGGGGCCAACACCACUCUCCUGGUUCACAAUGCUAGCCAGGCAGUGUCUUGGGUCGACGAGCAGGUCGCCUGGGGGCCAGCCUUUAUAAAGCUCAUAGCCGAGACUCCUGGGCUGGACCAGCAGACGCUUUCAGCCCUCGUUCUCGCAGCACAGGCUCGCGAGAUGCGCACCGUGUGCCACAUCAACGCCUUUGGCGCCAUGCAGCAGGCCAUCGCCGCGAGGAACGAGCAGAUCCACCACGCACCGCUCGACAAGCCACCCACCGCCGAGAUGGUCUCCCAGAUGGCCAUCCAGAACCAGAUCUCGGUGCCCACCCUGACCAUCAUGAAGGCCAUCGCCAGCUCGAGCGGCCACACCAUCACCCCGGGCACCAACUUCUCUGUCGCGCUCGAGACUGUCCGCCGUUUCCACGAGGCGCACAUCCCUGUCCUCGCGGGCAGCGACGCCAACCAGCAGCCGGGUCUGGUCGCCAUGGUGCCGUUUGGGAGCAGCCUCCACGGCGAGCUGCAGCUGCUCGUCGACGCGGGCCUCGAGCCGGUCCAGGCGCUCCGGGCAGCUACCUCGCGGGCCGCGCACUACUGGGACCUCCGGGACCGCGGUGUCAUUGCUCCGGGCAAGCGUGCGGACCUUGUGCUUGUCCACGGCGAUCCAACGGUGGAUAUAUCUGCGACUCGGAACCUGGCUAGAGUGUGGUUGGGCGGCGUUGAGUGGACGCAAGGACUGGGCACGUUUUGA